AAUAAAGGCGAGGGGGGGGGGGGGGGGAGAGAGGUGUUGUUCCCAUUGCAUGACGAUAGCUUCGAAGCUCUUUUACUUCCAGAGAUCUCGCGGUGGUCGCCGGAGCUCCGGCGAAGAGGCGGAGGAGCUCGCCUCCGCCUCCCACGAUCGCGACCCCAGCCGCCGCAACUCUUCCCGUCGUGGCCGAUCCCUCGGCGGCGGCGGCGGCGGCGCAGGUGGCGGCGAUCACCGGCGCCCAUCGGCUCAGGCGAAGCACGGGAAGGGUUCCGCCCACCGCGUCCACCAAGCGCAGCAUGAGGUCUUUCAACUUGACUUCAGUGGUCCUAGUGAAUACAGACAAGCUAAUAGCAGUAAUGUGGAUGCUACGAGCAGCAGACACGGUAGAUUGAGGCUAAUUAAAGAUGCAGAUGACCGGCUUCCAGAUGCUGUACGACAGGCGAAGCAAAGGCUUCUUAACAGGCUGCAAAGUGUAGAUUUAACAGGAACAAGGCAUAGGACCCCCGACUCUGAAACCAUCUGGGAUAAAUGUAAUCUCAUCCGCUCAGUAAAUAGCGAAGCAAUAGGUGUACAGGAUCUGUUAGAGUGCUGUGGCUGUCUCUCUACCGUGCCAUCUUGUCGCCAAAUACAGCCUUUAUGUGGGAUGAGGAAUAAGCCUCCUUUUCUUCGUUCCGAAGCUCUUUUAAGGCUCCAAACUCUAGAUCGCGGUGAGACAAAAGAAAGCGGACUUAUCGAAGCAGCAGCUGAAUGUUGUAUAUGCCUCGAGAGUUUUUCAGAUGGGGACAGGUUGACCCAACUGCGUUGCGGGCAUACUUUUCACUCUAAUUGCGUUGAGCGGUGGGUAGAGGCUCACGGUGAUUGCCCGUAUUGUAGGACAAGUAUAGCUCUCCCAGCCACAGAAUGAAUGGUACAGCUACUGAAACCUUUUAACCCUAGUGCUCGUUUUGUCUUGUCCCUCACUUUUACUACUCGAGUGCCGUUGUAAAUGCCGUAUGCGCUCUAGCUUUUCUUUCUAUCGUUCUCUCUGUUGUAAUAUGUGAUCUUAAGACUGAAAUUUUGCCCUCCGCCGGGAGUCGGCUUACUGGAUUUACACAUCCUCUUACCCCGAACAAAAGUGAUGCUCGUGUACUGGAGCAAACGAAGUGCAAUGUUUGUAUUUUGACUUUGCAUGAUGGGUUUCUUGACAUUGCUGAUUAGGGUGUAUUUGUUGGUACUUUAACUGUUAGUAAUCUAGCGGCGUUGGUUUUACUCUCA